AUGGGGGUGAAAGAUCGCCCGCAGUGUUAUUUUGAUGUAGAGCUCAAUCGGGAGCCAGUUGGGCGAAUUGUUUUUCAACUUUUUUCAGACAUUUGUCCCAGGACCAGCAAAAACUUUCUAUGUUUGUGCACUGGUGAAAAGGGAGCCGGCAAAAUAACAGGGAAAAAGCUGUGCUACAAAGGCUCCACAUUUCACCGAGUUGUAAAGAACUUUAUGAUCCAGGGUGGCGACUUCACUGAAGGGACCGGAAGAGGAGGAGAGUCCAUAUAUGGUGGCUACUUUGAAGAUGAGAAUCUAACUCUUAAACACGACCGGGCCUUCCUGCUGUCUAUGGCCAAUCGUGGGAAGGAUACCAACGGUUCACAGUUCUUCAUCACAACCAAGAUGGCACCUCAUCUUGAUGGAGUCCAUGUCGUCUUUGGCCUCGUCAUCUCCGGGUUUGAGGUGAUUAAGAAGAUCGAGGGGCUAAAGACUGAUUCGGCGAGCCGGCCAUACGCCGAUGUUCGGGUGGUGGACUGUGGGCAGUUGAUCACCAAGUCUGCUAAUGACAUUCUGGAAGGGAAAAAUAUAAGGGCAUCCCAUUCCACUGACUCUUCUGUCAACUCCACUGAUUCAUCAUCUUCAAGUUCCUCUUCUGGGGAGUCUGAGAGCGACUCUGAGAAGUCCAGACACCGCAAGCGCAAGAGACACAGAAAGAUUCAAAGGUCCAAAAAGCGAAGGAGACUGUCCAAUGACGAGAAGAAUGUUGACAUUGAAACUUCGAAACAACGGUCCUUUGAGUCUACCGAAAAAGAGAUGGUAGACAUGGAAGGAGAGAAGGACCACGGCGGGAAGAGGGAAAAACUUGUCGUCCGACCAGAGGAAAUCCCACCUGUGCCCGAGAACCGCUUCCUGCUGCGACAGGACAUGCCAGUCCAGAAGAUAAAAGUGGAGAUAGUUGAGAAAGAUGAAUCAGUACUUGAAGCUGAACAGAAGCCAGCGGUCUCUAAGUCGGGACGGAAGAUCAGAGGCAGGGGAACAAUUAGGUAUCACACACCCACCAGGUCUAAAUCCCGAUCUGCAUCGGUGGGAGAGCGUGGGAGCAGUGAAACUCCGCCCCACUGGAAAGAAGAAAUGAUGCGGAUUAAAACAUAUCAGCCUUCGAGUGUUGAGAGAUGGAGCAAAGGAGACCGAUGGGAAAACAAAAGUGACUCACCGCGAUCUCGAUCCUCAGAGUAUUCAUCAGGCCGGAGCUCAUUGAGGUCCAGCCCGCCACGGCCGCUUAAGAAAGAGAAGAAAAGAGCCAAACACAAGAAAAAGAACAAAAAACGUAGGCGCGGAAAAAAGAGAAGCCUAAAGAGCAAAUCGCAAGAACAUUGUGCAUCUGAAGGGGAAAGAUCACCCUCUUCAAGAACGUCCAAUAUUAGAACAUCUCGUUCCUCAUCAAGUCAACAGUACACGAGACGGCGGUCCUCUGUUUCCCGGUCAUACUCCCGAUCGCGAUUAUCUAGUCGAUCCAGGUCUCGGCCAAGGUCUUAUUCACGAUCUAGGUCUUAUUCACGAUCCAGAAGCCUGUCCCGCUCUAGAAGUUACUCCCGGGAUCCAUCCAGAUCCCGGUCCUAUUCUCGCUCAAGGUCCAGACACAGGUCCAGGUCGUUUACACCAAACAAAAAAAGGAGUUUAUCCAGAUCUCCAAAGAAGCAGAAAGCCAGCAAGUCCAAAACGGAUGCAACCCUACAUGUAUCUGGGAAGCAUGCCGAUAGUAAAGUCCCACCAGGAUCCAGACUGCUGUCUGUCCCAACUACAGAAAACGUCCCCGUUAUCCCACUCAGUGAUAGCCCACCCCCCUCUCGCUGGAAGCCCGGUCAAAAGCCCUGGAAGCCCUCUUAUAUUCAUACACAGAAUAGUAAGGCCCCCAUAACUUCAGUGAAUAUUUCUUCUGUGGGAGAAUCAGUUUUGGGGAACUCUCAGAGUUCCAUUGUGGAAAAAUCUUUGCCAGGUGUCUCUGAAAAAGACAAAGUUGUCACACAGCGCUCACCCAACCCAUCUACUAGAAGCAAGUCCUACAGCCGCUCAAGAAGCCGCAGUGUCAGCAAAUCCGUCUCCGGAUCUCGUCACAGCAGUGGCUCAGACUCUGUUCACUCAGAACACAAGAAAAAGAAAUCCCUUGACAAAGAAUGGAAAAAGUAUUACCGUUCUCUGAAGAGGAUCAAGAAUAUCGACAAGUAUGUUUCAGUUGCCCUUGCUGAAAACGUCCUGUCAGAGAAGAAAGCAGGUGUAGAGCCAAGCCCUGAUAAAGCUGUGCCAAAAGGAAGUAAAGAGCGAUGUGGCUCUCAAGAUGAAGAGACAGUUGAUUAUGCUUCAUUGCAGGUGGAUAGCUUUAAUAACAAAUCUGGGUGGGAUAGUGAUAGUGAUAAAGUGAGCCAAAGCAACAGUGAUUUCCUGUCAAAGCAUCAGAAAAAAUCUGGCAUUAUGCCUGAUAAGAAGACCUCUGCCCUCACCGGUUGGAAUUCUGAUAGUGACCCUGAAAACAUAACAACCAGAACACUGGUGCUAUCAGAGAAAGAAGAAGGUGAGGCUAGUUCUGAAUCCGAACAGGAGAACAAAAAAAUGACCCUGAACGCUGUGGAAGCCGCAGUUCCUUCAACGUCUGGCCUCCCGCAAGCGAGUCUAAAGAAGUCCUUUGAGCCAGAAAAGCACAAGAGUAAGAGGAAGUCCAAACGGAAGCACAAGCACAAGAGUAGAGAGGGGAAAAGUGGGUCCCAUCACACGAAGGACAAGAGCAAAAGAUCCAAAAAGAAACGUCAGAAGCUAAAAGAGACUUUUCACUGGCAACCACCUUUGGAGUUCGGCGAGGAAGAGGAGGAGGAGGAUUCAAAGAGAGACAAACGUAGCCCGACCGCUGCAGGCGUGAGGAGCGACAAAGACCAAAAUGCACCCACUCUAAAUAAGAAUCCAAAGAGAGAGGAAAACGGGUCUCUGCUGAAAUAUAGAGAAUAUAGUAAUAGAAAUGCCAAACUUCCUGAGUGUCAUCCUCAGCAGUCUAACAAAAAUGGUACUAACACAUUCAGUGUCAAAGAGGAGAACUCUACCGAUGAUAUGGACAUCUGUACUCCCGAACAUGACACUGAAGCUACAGUAGAGGCGCACACGGUGAACCCACCUGAAAAACCCCUCAAAACUACCUCACAUUUUCCGACCAAGGCGAGUAAAGAUGCCCAAGCACAGCUGCAAGGUCUCGAACAAACCUCUCUUAUCACCACAGAUACGGAAAAACCAACCAGCACUGUGAUCAAUUUUAAAUGGAGGCCUUUGAAAGGAAUGUCUUCACUGCACAAUGUGAACGCAGCGCAGGUCAUGUCCAAAAACAUGCACGCACAGCAGAGCCAGAUGACCAAUGCUCAGGGAGUGCGCAUGGAAAUUAAGAGCAAGAACAGGGUCCGACCCGGAUCGCUUUUUGAUGAGGUCAGGAAGACUGUGCGACUCAACCAGAGGCCCAGAAACGAGGACAGCUCUGGCGAAGAAAGUUCAGAAUCAACAGGUGCAAACAGAGACGACUCCCGGAGGAUGUCGCGCUCAGACACGCGGCGGUCUCGCUCGACUUCCAGUCAAUGCUCUCAAGCUAGUGGCUGGUCACACUCCUACAGCCGGUCCAGGAGUCGAUCGCGCAGCUCCAGCUACUCCUCCAGGGGUCGUAGCAGGAGUCGACGGAGACAUGAACGGUCACGAAGCAGCACAUAUAGAAGCUAUAGGAGCCGCAGCCGCACAUACAGUAGAAGUCACUCCAGAAGUCGCUCAUAUAAUCAUCGAAGGAGAUCUAGGUCUCCAUCCUCUGACAGCUAUUCCAGUCGGAGCCGCAGUGUGAGCCAUAGGCGAGGGCGCCACAGAAGUGACAGCUACCGGAGUUCAGACCGAAGAUCUCGGUACUCUCACUCCUCCAGUCGCAGUUCAUCCAGACGCCGGAGUCGCAGUCGGAGCAGCCGCUACAGCUGA